CCCAGUCCCGGUCUAUUGGCCAAAUAAAAGGAGCGUCCUCUUCAAAGUCGGCAUCAUUUGAAGUUGAACAGAAAAGAGGGAUAUACAAACGAUAUGUGGUUCCAAAUAUUAGCCGCCUGUCUCGUCCUGGCUUGCAUCCAAGCCCACCCAGUGGCUGUGUCGCACCAAGCCCGCUCGGAUCACCACCACCACGAUCACCACGGACACGGCUACUAUGGUCACGGUCACCACGGCCUUGAUCACCACGGACACUGGGACAACCACAUGCACCACAUCCCCUCAUACAAGUUUUCAUACUCCGUGUCAGAUCACCACACCGGCGACGAGAAGGCCCAGUCAGAGUGGCGCCAUGGAGACCUGGUGAAGGGCGCCUACUCCCUGGUGGAACCUGACGGCAACGUGCGCUCUGUUCAUUACGUCGCUGACCAUCACAAUGGUUUCAAUGCUGAUGUUCAUCACAAGACGCUUCAUCAUCAUAUCCAACAUGGUCAUCAUCAUUAGACUGACUACAAUAUUUCCAAAUUCGAACUCUUCGACGUCUAUCAAGAUAAGUGUAACUGAUAUAGUAAAUGUAAAUAUAAAGCAUACAUCGGUAGCGCUAACGAAUAAAAAUAAUA